AUGAGACAAUGGGGUUUGUUAUCGGCAAUACCUUUGCCAAUGGAUUUCACAGCUUGGAGGGGAUUCGUCUUUACGGUUUUCAUUCUGAAUUUCGUGUUCGUUUGCCAGUUACUCCUGCUCCAACCACUCGUUUCUGCAUUAGAUGGCAAACCCGGCGAUGAUGCAGCACUGUUUCAAAGAGUUUCUGAAAGUGUAAAGGUCAAAAAAUAUAGUGAGGCCCUAAACGAACUCAAAUCUGCUAUUGAUGCAAACCCAGCACUCUCGGAAGCCUACUGGCAUCAAGCAUCCAUUCUUCGACAGUUAUGCAGAUAUGAGGAGGCAGAGAAAAGCUACAAGAGGUUUUUGGAGCUGAAACCGAAAAAUGCAGCUGCAGAGAAGGAGCUUUCUCAGUUGUCCCAAGCUCGGAGUUCUCUGGAUUCAGCUGUGAGUCUCUUUGAUUCAGGUGAUUUUACGAAGGCCUUGGAGCAUAUUACCAAAGUGGUGCUUGUUUUCUCUCCAGCUUGCUCAAAGGCGAAAAUGCUGAAAGUGAGGCUACUAAUAGCAAGUAAAGAUUAUUCCAGUGCCAUAUCAGAAACAGGAUUCAUUCUCAAAGAGGAUGAAGAUAACCUAGAGGCGUUACUCUUACGAGGCCGAGCUUAUUAUUAUUUGGCUGACCAUGAUGUUGCUACAAGGCACUACCAGAAGGGUCUUCGUCUGGACCCUGAGCAUAGUGAAUUGAAGAAAGCAUAUUUUGGGUUGAAGAAUCUACUCAAGAAAACUAAAAGUGCUGAGGAUAAUGCUAGCAAGGGUAAGCUUCGAGUGGCUGUAGAAGACUAUAAAGGAGCCCUCUCAGUGGACCCAAAUCAUUCAGCGCACAAUGUGCAUCUCCAUCUUGGUUUAUGUAAGGUCUUAGUUAAGCUUGGUAGAGGAAAGGAUGCUGUAACCAGUUGUUCAGAAGCACUUGAAAUUGAUGAGGAGCUUGUAGAAGCAUUAGUUCAGAGAGGUGAGGCUAAACUUUUACUAGAAGAUUGGGAGGGAGCUGUUGCAGAUCUGAAGCUAGCUGCUGAGAAAUCACCUCAGGAUAUGACAGUGCGAGAAGUGCUGAUGAGGGCUGAAAAAGCCUUGAAGAUGAGCCAACGGAAGGACUGGUACAAGAUUUUGGGGGUUUCAAAAACUGCAUCAGUCUCUGAAAUAAAAAAGGCUUACAAGAAACUUGCUUUGCAAUGGCACCCAGAUAAGAACGUUGACAACAGAGAAGAGGCAGAGGCCAAAUUCCGAGAAAUAGCAGCUGCAUAUGAGGUUCUAGGGGAUGAGGAAAAGCGCACCAGAUAUGACCGUGGAGAAGACAUCGAUGAGAUGGGUGGAAUGGGUGGCGGAGGGUUUAAUCCAUUCGGUGGUGGUGGACAACAAUAUACUUUCCACUUCGAAGGAGGAUUUCCAGGUGGUGGUUUUGGUGGUUUCCAUUUUUAA